GGCGAUAACCUGACACAAAAUCUGGACUAUUAGUUACUGUUGCAAUAGAUACCUUUGACCUUGGAAUACAUCAACAGGUUUUGCCGCCGCCCGGGAAUUGCCAGUUGUCGUCGGCCAGAUAUACAUAAGUAAGGCAAGACGAGUUGGACUUGAGUCGAGUCUUGACUGCUGCGGUGUGCUUCUCCGGUCCGCCUCCUUAACACAAGAUCUGUAACUGUUUAUCAGUACCUGGCAUACGCUGUGAACUUACGUAUUGAUCGAAAAUGAAACUGUCUGUUGUCUUCACCGUCUUGUUGGUUGGGGUAAUGACGUCAUCGCUACUUCCCACUUGUGAAGCUCAGGGCUGGGAAGUUGUGGCGGCUGCAGUUGCCGAAAAGAUUGCUGGCCUCUGGGUGGAUGACCACAUGACAUUCUUGGGACACACUUGUCAGUACAGUGUUAAUCCUAAAAUCAAAAAGUUGCAACUCUACUUCAAGGGCCGGAUGUGGUGCCCAGGAUGGACUUCUAUCAGAGGAGAAGCUGAGACCCGCAGCCGGUCAGGAGUCGUCACCAAAACGACCCAAGAUUUCGUGAGGAAAGCCUUCGAGUCCGGCAUCGUGACAGAAGAGCAAGCAAGGGCUUGGCUUAACAACAAGUAGAACAAAUUUCCUCCACCAUCCUCUAAGAAUAUUCUUCGCUUCAUAGGACGAUCAUCAGGUUUCAUUUCUCAUUUAUGAAUCCAGAGGUUUCCCUUUCUGAAAUGUUACUAAAUGGCACGAUCAAGAGGCCGCUGGAUUUUUUUAUUUUUUUUAACCUCAUUGCAUUUAACGUUCUUCCUGGAAACAGGAAUUCACUCAUAACCUGUCUCAUUCUACGAAUUGAACUUGCUAUGGAGCCAGCUCGUCUCGGUGUCCCCACCAAAAGUGAUGUUCGAGAUAAUAUUGCCAUUAAAUAAAAUUACCCACUAGUC